AAACACUUGAUUUACAAAUGAAUCAAAUGUUGAAACAAAUCACCAAAACUUGUCUAUUGUUGCGACCAGUGGUCAGUCGGAGGAUACCAUUCCUCACGACCACUACCACCACAUCCAUCACCAGAUGCGUGUCGACGACCGCCGGACGGCAUACCUAUCAAUACAAUUCCGAUGGCGUGAAGCCAUACCCGGAGCCCAAGCGAUGGCCCGAAAAAAAUCUAAUCGUUUUGCCGCCGAAAGGGUCGUCCGAAGAACCGGAAGUUAGGACAUACUGUCACUACAGAGCAAACAUCAAAUACUCGCCGAAGAAGAUG